AUGAGCAGUGAACUCCACGUGCUGAGGGAACUGAGGGAAGCGUUCUUCGUGAACUGCAUGUUGAAAAUGGUGUCUUUUAUUUGCAAUGCGUGUGGACAAACCGUCAGGAAAGCUCAGGUAGAAAAACAUUAUCAAAACGAGUGCCAUAAUUGUAAUGUUUUGUCGUGUAUUGAUUGUGGAAAGGACUUUCAUGGUGACGAGUAUACUGGCCAUACUUCUUGCAUCACGGAGGCAGAGAAGUAUCAAGGAAAAUUGUAUAAACCAAAAGAUAAGCAGAACAAAGGCGAACACAAGCAGCAGGAAUGGCUUAAGGUGAUAAAAAGCUAUAGAAGUAUGGUUAUUAAAUAAGGAAGCCACAUUUGCGUUGUAGUUUUUAGGGGGAGUAUCAGUAGCUGCGCGCCAGUUUUUUUCUCCGAUUUCGCAGGUGAGCGCGCUCCCUUUGGUCACACGUGCGAUCCAAAUAGAGAUGGCUGGGGAUGAGUCAGGGGAAUCAGGCGCAAAUCACUCUAGUAUCCCACACAGACAUGUAUUUCAAUGUGUUUACGAGGUUUAUUUGCAUGAGAAUAAAAAAAUAGUUUUAUGUCAAUUGCUUUGCACUUAGCCUUGCUAUGAAACAGAGGCUUAAGGUAACUCAGAAAUAGCGUAUUCACAAAUUAUAUAAUUUAUUAUUUAUGUACCACUUUCACUGCAUUAUGUUCUACGUCCCUGCAGGGCUCGACGUUGCGACCUGUGGGGUCGCCAGUUUGACCAGCUUUUACACAGUGGCGACUAAAUUUUCACCUGGCCCCCAAGAUAGCUGACUUUCUUCUCUGGGAAAACGUACACUAAUGAUAAUCUUUUGUCCUUCACAAAACUAACAGAUAGCUAACAGUUUUUCUAAUGCUCUAACGUUUUUCCCAAACACUCUAACGGUGUGUCCAAACCCUGUAGUGAUUUGUCUAAAUGCUUUAAAGAUUUCUUCUAACAAUCGAACGGAUUGUUCUUAAGAUCUAAUGGUUGGUCCAUCUAACAUUUGACUUUUACUUGAAAGAGGAUUGUGAAAAUCAGUAGCGAUGAAUUUGGUGGAAGUCUUAUCGACUUUAGGGCAAAUCAAUCGCAGUUCUUAACAGGUUGUCCUGUGUUUCUCUGGGAAUGACUUCUAGUGCAUCAAUCAAAAACAAUUUCUUUACGUCGAACAUGUAUCUCGAAUGCGGACUCGAUAGCAGAAUCGAGAAUGAAUGGCGCUUACUUCUGAAGCUUGUUGUAAACAACUUUAUGCAAAUUUCUGUUGAGCAUGCAACCCAAAUAAAAGCUCUGCCAUAUUUUAUUGACUUCUAAUGAAGUACCGUUGAAGUCAUGCUGUUUGUCGAACAGACUUUCACGAAAUCAACUUCUUUGUGCGAAACAAAUGUUUGCAGAUUUUGUUCUUUAAUAACCCAAAUAAGUUUUUUUGUGAUUCUUAUUUAGUUUGUUAAUCUAAAUGUGUAUUCCAUUUCUUGAACCUUAAGCUUGAAUACCUGUUCGAGUAGAUUUAUGCUUGAGUGCAGGCUAAUUUUCCCGAACACUGGCUGCUAAUCGAGCCUCGAGCAAAAACCGUUCAUGAAGCAUUCUUUUUCUGUUAAGGCUAAGUAAAAUAUGUUAAGUUUAUUGUAUCCAUUAAUUCUUAAAUAUAAUUUUUGGUGACUAGAAUAUUUAUUCUGGCGUCCAAAACUGAAAACUUGGGGGCCAGCUGGCCCCGAGAUUUUUUUCUGAAAGUUGAGCACUGCCCUGUAAUGAUGACUUAACUUAGGACACCUAAUGAUCACCUCAUAGAGGAUGAUUAUAAACAAGUUACUGAGUCUGAACGGGGAAAAAAUAAUGUAUACAUUAAGUUCUACAUUAUAGAAUACACUGUAGAGAUAUGCCUGGUCACUUCAGACAGUAUACAUAUACAUGUAUUUCAACGACUUGUGAUUUGUGUGUUUGCAGCAAAUCAGAGAGGCAACAAAAACAGAUGUAGUUGAACCUCGACUUGCUGCCUUGCUAGACAGAAUCAGUGAAUAUUCUAAUAUUCCAAGAAAGAAAGCCAAAUUCCAAGUAAGUGACAAUGUGAUUGAUGUUGGUGCUCAAAAUGGAGCCUGACAGAUUUCUCUGCUUUAUGUUUUUGUCUUUUUUUUGACUUGACAGAGUUGAAUGGCAUUCCUAUCUUUUUUAACUAACUUAACUUAAAAAAUGCCAUUAAUUUUUUUAUCCACAAUGUGUGAACAACCAAGGACAAAAGAUUUUGUACUUUUAGGGAGUUCUCAACAUAAACUAAUAGAACCUUGUUAUAUUAUUUGGAUUUUACAUGUGCAUUGUAUCAGGUUCUUCAUUAAACUUAAUUAUAAUUAUUAUAAUUAAAUGAUAAUUUAAUCGAAUUUCAUAGUACUGUGGAAUGAAGAAAUAAUAGUUGCAAAGGAGAUCUCUGCAGUUUAAGACAACUUGUGCCAUUGCAAGAAGAAAGCCAUUUUCCUUUGUUUUAAACUCAUUAAUUCCCACAUACAGUUACUAGGCACCAUAAGAAUAAUUAACUUCGAUGAAUAAAAUACCUGUUAUGAUGACUUAACUUGGAGACCUUAUGAUCAAAUCACAAUCAAUGAUUACAACCAACUUAUUAUGUCUGAACAGGUAGUGGAUCCUUAAGUAAUGAUUGUUACAAAAUAAUUAUGUGUGAUAGUAAUAUUAGGAUUUUACGUUAAUUUGUAAAACUCAUGCAGUACUCCACUGUACUUUUAUGCACAGUUCACCUGGAGCUGUCUUUACAUUAAUUUUGUAACCUUACAGCUCAGUGUCACAAUUGCAUGUGAAAGUGAAUAGUUCCACCUCUUUCAUGGGGGAGUCAUCUACAUGUUUUUGUCCCAUAACUUCCAUACUGAUGCUGUGUAUGUCAUAAUCUGGUUGUCUUGGGUUUCCAGAUUUAAAUUUGUUCAAGGGUCUUUUCAUUCUUGUCACUCGUGUUGGAACAUUUUGGGUUUUGGUGCCAACUUAAGACCAAAUGUUUCUUGUAAAGCAAAAAAUAUUUCUAGAAUAUGAGUUUCUCUAGGUAGACUCCAAAGCUCAUUGCAGUUUGAUUUUUGUGAUAUUUUGUCUUUUGUUUGUCAUUUCUAAACAAUAGCUAAAAGAAUGCAAUAUUAUUAUACUUUGUCAUUUAGUGGCAGGGCCUGACCAGAUUCUGGACAGAUUUAAAUGUGCAUCAUCAGUAUGGAAUUUUUGGGGCCAUUGUAAAAAUGGGACCUCAGUUGUUUUGAUGGAAAUAAUAGUUGUCACUCAAGUUCCUUUUGUGCCAAGAAGUUACUGGUAUUUCUAACUCUAGAAAUUGACUCAACAGAAUUUUUGCAGAAAUAGUAUCAAUGUGCGAGAUGUUACAACUCUGGACAAACUAUGGGAUAUUUUUUCAGCAAGUUCAAAGGUAAGAAAAGCCUGCAUGUACAGUUGGUGUAGCAAUAUUUUCGAGCAUAAGGAAACAUACAGAGCCCUCCUACCCAUCUUGGUCCUUGUAUUGGUUUUAGUAAAAGAUGCCAUGUACAGCUGUACCAUAAAUCCUUAUUUAUGGUGCAUAAAUUAAUUAACAAAAUUUACUGGAUGAGGCUGAGUAUCUUAUGAAGAAUUAUGGAGAUCGAGGAGGGUGUUAUCGGCCUUGACGGAUAACACCCUCCGAGAUCUCCUUAAUUCUUCGUAUGAUACGAAAGCCGAAUUCUAUAAUUGUUUUAUUAUUCACUCAAAAUAAUUACCAGUUCAAAAACAUUUCUAAAACGUGCUUACCUCCAUCAAUCCAUCGAUGUUAAAUUCAACUUCGAUAGUGCACAUUUAGGGUUGUUCAGCUCCACAAAAUGGCUAAAAACAUGGCAAGAACAACAAGAAGACAACUCGAAGGGCGGCAUCUGCUAUUUGGAGAAUAUUUAAUAUUCUCCAAAUAGCAGAUGCCGCCCUUCGAGUUGUCUUCUUGUUGUUCUUGCCAUGUUUUUAGCCAUUUUUUCACCUAGUUCUUACUCUUGAAACGAGUGAAAUGUCCGCCAUUUUUCAAGUUCACAACCAAAACAACUCAACUUCGUCCCCAGGUCUUCUCGGUUAACGGUGCAUUAACCUGCAAGAACGCUGCAUUUUUGACGUCAUUUCCUCGCUAAACACAACAUUCUUCCAAAUUUGGUCAUCAGAAACUGGUUAUGUUGAAUUAAACGUGUGCUUUUAGCCAAUCAGAAUGGGGGAAAUAUUUUGAAUGAAUAAUAAGUGAAGAUAGUGGUAACAUUUUGCCUUAAAAACUAGAACCCAAAGUGGAAAAGCUCAAGCACACGAAGUUGGAGGUGACCAUGCAGCCAAAGAAAAAAGCAAAUCCAAACUUCUGGCACAUGAAUAAACCAUCCCAGAUUAAUCUAUGUGCAGUGUUACAGUCAUGCUUAAUUAAUACAGUCUCUCAAUGUUAUAAGAACAAGUGGGGGUAGGGGAGGGGGGCUAAAAAGAGAGGGAGAACUUAAUAACCUUCUUCCCCUGAAAAGAAGAGGAGGGAUGCUUAUUAGAGGAAUUAUGGUACAUGUAAGUAAGAACUGUCUCUUGGAAGUGACGUAUUGAUGGUGAAGUGAUGCAUCAGCUGUCAUUAAUGCCAUAUGUAUCAGUACACUGGGUAUUUUUUUUAACAAAAUUAACAGUGGAAAUAAUGAUUUUUGUGUUCUUGGAACUGUACAUCCUUGUAAAUGGCUUUUUUUUUUCUGUGUGAUGAAGUUAAAAGAGGAACCAAAGUACCAUAUUACACACUUGCCAUAUUUUUAUUGUGACACUGGACAGGCCAAUCAGAGUAGUUAGAUUAAGUGUAGAGUGGGUCUCCAGCAGGGUCUGUGUGUUGAGAUGCCUUUUAAAACCUGGCUUCUUCAUUUUUUAGUUGUAUUAAAUAUAAUUGUGUAGGCUUCAUGGUGGCUGAGUGGCUAACACUUACUUACAACAUUUUUGUUUUCAUCUCAGCAAAGCCCACAACAAGAUGAAACCAGUUGUAGUAGUAAUGGUAUACAUGAAAAUGGAAAAAGUGGACUAACAUCUCCGCUUGAAGAAAAUGUGGACGUUAAUAUAAUACGUGGAGAGGAAAUACGGGUCAAUGAAGAGAACAGAGAACUUGAACAAAAAUCAGAGGACUGUAGUAAUGCUAAACAUUCGAAGAAACAUAAGAAAGGUGAAAAAAUGAAGGACAAUGAUAUUAUACAUGAAAUAGGAUCAGAAUUCAAAGGAAGGAAAAAUAAAAAGGGUUUGAAAGAAAAUACAGAGGUAGAUGGACUGAAAGAAAAUAAAAAGCAGAAGAAAAAGAGAAGAAGGGAAGAUGAAGAAAUAGGUAGGUGUUAAAAUUUGUAUUUGUACAAUUUAUUUGUCAUAGAUGUUGUAUUUUGCCUGUGCAGAUAGGCCUUGUAGCCCUAUCCCACAGACGGUUGUUGAAAACCACAACAUCUGUUUUCCAACUCAAAGCACCUCUCAACCCUGUCAUGAUGACUUAACUUAGGACACCUAUGAUCACCUCAAAGAGGAUGAUUUCAAGCAAGUUAACAGGUCUGAGCAGGGAAAGGAAAUAAGGUGUAAUAGUAUUUUCAAUACAUGUGAAUUCCCCCCAAACAUUGUCUUGCCCAUCAAGUUAAGAACUGAAUUCCCUAGCCUGAUAGUUAAAUAUCCAUUAGCCUUGGGCUAUCUGACACUACAUGUCCUUUCUUUGAAUGCUGGGGACCACAAAAAUGUCGUGGUGUUAACAAGGCAGUAUUUUAUGUUAGAGCAGAAAGAGUGAGGUGUUUUUGCAAGUCAGGGUUCUGCAUUAACAGUGCUUAAAUCCUCAAGUGAAGUCGAAUACCAGUAUUAAAAACCAAUCUACUGUAUGAUCUCAACAGGCUACUUAAGGAAGUCUGGAUUAUCUGGAUUUCUCCCCUAGAUUAUCCACUAAUAGUCUGUUCUGGGCAUUCAGAUUUAAUGGAAUGUGGAAUGAGUCAGAGAGCAGGAAAAAAAUAGGUAGGAAGAUGGAGAAAAAAGAUGCUCUCGCUACCUACUUUACAUUUUACCCCUCACUGUUUUUCCUGCUUGCAUUUCUUUACACCAUCCUCACAAUCUGAAUCCUCAGAAAAGGCUUGUCCACUGACUACAUUUACUUGGUUGUUUGAUUGCAAAUCACAGAUGGACCCUGCACACAGGCCAAAGUUUUAAAAGUUGAAACAGAAGAUGCCAAAGAACAGCCAUGUAAGUAUUUUGAUUCAUUUUUGCUUCCCCUGGCACCAAAUUGGGUGAAGUUGUCUUUUAUUGAAAAGGAUUUUUAAAGCAAAACACAAUUACCAUGACCUUCAUGCAGCCCUUUGUGUUUAGAGAGGAUACUCUGAAAGUCUCAUGGGAAAGCUUGAAACUCCGCAAAGUCUCAAAGAAACUCGAAACUCCGCAAAGAGUUCCGAGAUUCCACUUGAAGCUCGAAACUUUUUCCUGCUCGAAAGGAAGAGAAGAAUGAAUGGCGUAAUUUUGACAUAAAUGUAUCUCCUUCACACUUCAACCUUACUUCUGCCCUUGAAGCGGAGGACAAAUACAAAACUAAAGUGGAACAGAAACUUAGAGAGUGUUAUGAAAAAGAAAAAAAAAACUUGCCAAAAAUGUUAGACAUAAUUACCAGGAGAUUUUUUUGCGUAUUUGAGAAACAAAAAGAAAUGCAACAAAAGAUUAUCUUGCUUGCGAAAAGCUCAUGGUCAAUCCACUACUAAGUAGUGGAUUGACCAUGAGCUUUUCGCAAGCAAGAUAAUCUUUUGUUGCAUUUCUUUUUGUUUCUCAAAUAUGCAAAAAGUACAAGUCUUGUCCUAAAGAGACUGCCAAGUUAGUUGUGGAGUUGUUUGCUUCCUUUUUUACCAGGGAGAAAGCUUGUCUUUUCCUGUUAUGAUGACUUUACUUAGGACACCUAUGAUUACUUCAUAGUAGAUAAUUUCCAAAAAGUCAGCAGGUCUCAACAGGAGUGACACAUGCUUGCCCAAAAACGCUAACACUGAUUAUUCUAAAUGAAUAUCUCUUUUUUUCUGAUUGGCUAAAAGCUCAUAAUAAACUGAUACCGACCAAAAUCAUACUCAACUCAUCCAAUGAUAUAAUAUAUAUAUUUUUUUUAGGAUUAGGUGUUUGUAGGUAUCAAUAAAUAAUUUGAUGGAAUUUACCAGUAUUUCUUGUUCUGUUGUUUGUGCAGAUCAGUUCAAAUGGAAGUCGGUGAUAAAGGCAGUGUUAAGACAAGCUCCAGAUCAGGAGUUACCCAUCAAAAGAUUGAGGAAAAAGGUACGCCCUUAUGAGUAACCAAAAUCAAAAUAUGAGAAAUUUCAUAUUAUAACACACUGAAUUUGUGAGGAUAUUGCUCGUGAGUGGUCGUACAGGCUGUCACUUUUACAAGGUGGCAAGUCAAUAGAUUUUAACCUUAUGUUACUGUUGAUGACGACUAAGGUAAACUAUUGCUGGGUUUCAAACUUUAAAGGGCAGAGAUUUUCCAAACCUAGGGUUUGUCCCCAAUUAUUGCUACUGCAUCUCUUGUUAAAUUUUGUUAGCCUGUGAAUCCAGCCAUAGCUCCUUGCUCCUCCCUACGAGGGACGUCCCUGGCAGCAAGGAGUAAAGGUGAUGUUACACUAAACGAUUCGCAACGACGAUUUUUACUGCAACUCAGCGUUGCGACAGUGUUGCGACAUUGUAUCGAACGGUUACAACAUUGUUCCAGCAUUGCAACGCUUUGUUGCGCUAAAAAUCGUCGUUGCGAAUCGUCUCGUGUAGCAUCACCUUAAGGAGAGACGGCCGUAUUCACAGGCUAAUAGAGAGUUUUAAAUCCGAGUUUACCGCGAACCUCUAACCGCUGGAGGUCAUGUGACAAGUUGUUCGCGUCACGUUUGAGGUUUACGACGUGCGUUUUCAACGUGGGGAGGUAGGUUUUCACGUAUGUCAUUUACCUGAAAGCUUUUAGAGUAUAAUUCUUGUCUUAUCCCACGUCAUGAUACAAAAAUCUUGUGGAGCAAGUCUUUAUCCAUUAACAGAGGCACAAAUUCGGGCGAAAUGCUAAAUUUGAUAAAUCCUAUUGGAUCUUGAAAACAAGUGCCAUUCAUGGCUGCUGAUUCAAAAUGGCGGCCGUAAAUUUUUAAGAAGAACUAAUAUAAGAAUUUACCGCUCUUUGCUGCUAGAUAACCCAGUGUUACCGUAAAUUUCUUUUCUUUUCAGUGAUUGAUAUUUCUACUAUUUCUAGAUGGAAAAAUAAACCAGAAUCCACUUCUUUAAUCCACCGCCAAUCUAAAUCGAAUUAUGUUUGAACGUCGAACCGCAAACGGGUAACCGCAAACCGCGGUUAGAGGUUCGCGGUAAACUGGGAUCUAAAACUCUCUAAUAACUCAUAUUGACCUGCUACACCUAUAACUGAUUUGAGUUGAAGAGUGUUAGCUAGGCCAAAAUUAAUUUGUAGUGCACUGGAUCAAAGAAAAAAGGUGGGAAACCAAGACGUCUGUUAGCCUGUGAAAACAGCCGUUUGUCCUUUCUCCUUGCUGCUGAGGACAUUUCUCAAGGAGGAACGUCUGCGACUUAGCGACAGAAAUUCCAUACUGAUGACGUAAAAUCUGUCCGGAAUCCGGUCAUAAGCGCUUAUUGGACGACGGAGUAGUUCCAUUGUUUUAGGUUUACAAAAGGCUGCAAAGGUCAAAUGUAAAUGCGAUGAAUCUAUAACAAAACAGUGAAUAUUUGUGGAAUAUAUUCUUCUCUACGAGAAGUAUUUGAGUUUUGCUGGAGCUCGUUCACAGGUGAACACAACACCACCAAAGUCGACCAGGAGAAACGUAUAAUUGAACAAACAUUUGGAACCCCUUGUCUACUGGAUUUACAUGUAUUAUGUAAACGUUGAUUUACGUCAUAAGUAUGGAAUUUCUGUCGCUGAGUCGCAGACGUCUACUUAAUGUCUAGGCCCUUGUCCCUGCUGUGAUGACUUAACUUAGGACACCUAUGAUCACCUUACAAAGGAUGAUUUCAAACAAGUUAACAGAUCUGAGCAGGGAAAAGUAGACAUUUAAGAUGUAAAUUAUGCGUUAGCACAUUUCUAAACAAUGUUUUCGAUUUUUUUUAGGUUCUGGCAGAAUUUCAAGCAAAAGGAACAAAUGAGAAAAAUCUGACUGAAAACGAGCUGCGAGCUUUGUUUCAGAAGAAAGUUUCAAGCAAUCCAAAAUUUAAAGUUCACAGGGAUAGAGUUAGACUUGUCAAAUAA